AUGAGUAUGGGACCAACACCCACCCACAGGAUGAGUAUGGGACCAACACCCACCCACAGGAUGAGUAUGGGACCAACACCCACCCACAGGAUGAGUAUGGGACCAACACCCACCCACAGGUUGUCUUAAAAUACUAAGGCGAUCAGUUAUGAGUGACCUCACCUCGCUGAAACAAUGUUGGCUUAUAUACCAUUAGUAGCACGGGUUAAGGUGAGCCCGUAGUGGACUUACCUGGCACAGGAGCGGGGCUGUAACUCACAUAUACUAGUAAACACGCUCUACAUAUCGGUGUCCACGCCAAGGUAACUAGUUAUCAGGUGAACUCCGCUUCCUGGAAGCCGUUGAAAAAAAGUAGUAUAAUUUUUCCUGGAAUCAGAGGUUACGUGGUCACUCUACUCCUGUUUAGGUUCUGUAAACCCGCGGUCAUUGGUUGGUGGGUGUGUCUAGGUGCCAUGUUAGGCUGGCCCUGAUUGGCUAAGAUUCUCAGAGAGUUCAUGGCAAGGAAAUGUGAGAGUACAUCAGAUGUGCUAGUUUCUGGUUAGCUGUGCGAGGCUCAUGGCUGGUGAUUGGUUAGCUGAGGGAGGCUCAUGGCUGGUGAUUGGUUACUUGGGCGAGGCUCAUGGCCUGUGAUUGGGUAAAGAGGACGGGUGUCGGGCGUAGGAGACCUGGACGGGUCGGACGGAAGCAUCCUUCUCAGAUCUUCACACACCGUCAGACGAGAUGCGUCUCCUUAUAUUACUAACGGCGCUCGUGUCACCAAUAAUAACGUACGACAUCCCAGGAUUCCCAGCGCCACCGCCUAGAGCGUUCGUGAGCGAUGAUCCAGACGGCCGUAUAACCGUCAAGCACUUCAGUCCCCUCAACCUGACCUCCAGCUUCCAGCCCGUCUCAGCCAUCGCCUCUAACCCAUAUGGUAUCUCCACCAUAGUCGUGGAGUUCUCGCCACCUCCAUCUGUCUUCCAGGAAUGCCAAGAAAUCCAAGAAUGUCCGGUCAUCACUUCAAAUCCCUAUGGUUACGCAAAGAAAAUUCAAAGGGAGACCCACAAGGCGAAGGUCGCUGGUAGAGGAUUCGAAAAUGUCAAAAUAAUCCCCAACGAUCCCUAUGGGUAUGGAACGGGAUUCGAGAAAUUAAGUGAUUUGUCUGAGGCCUUUGGACCUGUUCCAGUAAUAGCCUUGAAUCCAUAUGGUUAUUCACAGAACGUCCAGAGAGGAAGUUACAGACCAAGGAGUGCUGGUAGUUUGUUCAAGAGCGUUGGUGUUAUUUCUGACAAUCCUUAUGGGUAUGCAACUAAUAUUCAGAAGCUUAAUGAGGGGUCUGAUGCCUUUGAAGCUGUUGUCGUUGUAGCUUCGAACCCAUACGGGUUCUCCGAUCAGAUCCAGCAAGAAACUCAUAAACCAAGACAUGCAGAUAAUUUGUUCCAAGAAGUGAAGACCAUCCCUAACAACCCAUAUGGGUACUCCACCGAGAUCAAAAGGCUAAGUGAUAAACCCGAGGCCUUUGAACCAUCUCCAAUCAUCUCGUCAAACCCAUAUGGUUUUUCAGAAAACAUCCAGCAAGAACCCUACCAACCAAAAUCUGCCUAUAGUUCCUUUGGUAACCUGGGGACCAUUGUUAAUAACCCUUAUGGAUAUUCAACUACAUUCAAGGAACUUAAUGGAGCGUCUGAGUCAUUUGAAGUAGUUCCGAAGAUUGCUUUGAAUCCGUAUGGUUUCACUGAGACAUUUCAACCAGAAAGCUUUAAGAUAAAGGAACAUGACAGUAGCUUCAAUAAAGCAGAAGAAAUUGCUGAUAAUCCAUAUGGCUUCUCACCAGAAUUUAGGACACUCGGUGAGACACCCGAGGCCUUUAAGACUAUUGAAACAGUACCUUCAAACCCUUAUGGUUAUUCUGAGAAUUUUAAGAGGGAAAUAUACAGAGUCAAGGAAUUUGGUAGCGGCUUUGAGAGAGUGGAAAUUAUUCCAGAAAAUCCAUAUGGAUAUUCCAAUAAUAUAAAAAGUAUGAAUGAUAAGCCAGAGGCUUUUGAGGCUGUGCCAGUAAUUUUGUCUAAUCCAUACGGCUAUUCUGAACACAUUCGAAAAGAGACUAGCACAUCCAGGAAUGCUAAAAGUCUUUUUGAAAGGGUAGAAUCGAUUCCUGGUAAUCCUUAUGGCUACUCAACUGAGUUUAGGAAGCUUAAAGAUUAUCCAGAAGCAUUUACAACCGUCAAAAUAAUUGUCUCAAACCCAUAUGGAUAUUCUCAGAAUAUUGAGAAGAAGACUUACAGCACUGGAAGCACAGUUAGUAGUUUUGGACAAACAAAGCCCAUCUUGACAAAUCCAUAUGGCUUCUCUCAGAAUACAGUCGAAUUAAGAAAGGCAUCAGAAGCCUUUUCUUCAGUAGCGUUAAUAUCAGUUAAUCCUUAUGGUUAUUCUAAUCAAAUCCAAUUAUUGUCUCAUCGUGCAGGAGAAAGAAUUAGUGGAUUCAACACCGUUCACGUUGUACGUUCAAAUCCAUAUGGAUAUGCGCUAGAAGGUUUUAGAGGAACAGAAGUUCCCUCUGGGUUUGAAAAUUUGGAGUUAAUACCCACUAAUCCCUACGGGUUUUCUCAGCAUGUAGAGUCAGACAUCCACAUACCCAGGUAUCACACAACAAGUUUUUCGGCAGUUGAUUCUAUUCCUGAAAAUCCAUAUGGGUACUCGACCCAUAUAAGAAAGCAACCAACUCAACCAACUCAACCUUUCUCCAUAUGGGAAAGCAGUGAUGGAACGUCUGGCAAUCCAGAAGAUGUUUCUGGAGCAGUGAGAAGACUCAGUGAGGCAGAGAGUGCUUAUGAGAGAGUUAGCGUGAUCCCAAAGAAUCCUUAUGGCUUCUCUGAGAGGAUUAUAAAGGGAAACUUUGCACCCAGACACUUCCCAUCAAGUUUUGCUACCGUUGAGGUCGUCUCAUACAACCCAUAUGGAUAUUCAGACCAGGUCGUUUCUUACGAGGAAGAACCUGGUGCUUUUGAAAACGUUAAUGUUAUUGCAGGGAAUCCAUAUGGCUAUUCUCAGCAUGUUAUAGCUACAAGAUUUAUUCCUGGUAGUCUAGCCAGUGGAUUUGAAACUAUAUUAAGGAUCCCAACAAAUCCUUAUGGCUUCUUACAAGAAGUGAAGAGCCUUUCGGAUACUCCAGGUAGUUUUGAAAAAACGAAAUUAGUUUCUAAGAAUCCUUAUGGGUUCAGUAAUAAAAUCGAAAAGAGUCUUUAUCCCCUUCGAGAAAGAAAGUCCAGCUUUGGAUCUGUUUCAUCCAUUGUGAGCAAUUCUUAUGGAUAUCCUGAGCAAUUUGUUACUAUUACAGAGCCGAGUUCAUUUUAUAAAGUUGAUACCAUCCCCAACAACCCAUACGGCUUCUCAGAAAGGCUCAUCCUGGAAAGACACAAUCCUAAUCAACGGACAUCCGGCUUUGAGAAUAUCGCUUCUGUUAAAGAUAAUCCUUAUGGAUAUUCACAGUAUAUUAAAACUCUGGAGAUCCCACACGUAUUUGAAGCCAUAAAUAUCAUUGCUACUAACCCUUACGGUUUCUCGGAUAACAUAGAGAGUAGGAACGAGAGGGUCGGUGAGAUACAGAGCGGAUUUGCCAAAUCUGGCGAAAUUGUUAACAAUCCUUAUGGGUUUUCCAAUAAUAUUAUAUCCUUAGAUGAUGUACCCAGCAGUUUUGAGAAAACAAAUACGAUACCAGUUAAUCCCUAUGGAUAUUCAAACAAUAUAGAGAGGGAACAGGUGGGUUCUCGACAGUUGCCAUCAUCAUUCACUUCAGUGACUAGUAUUCCAAAUAAUCCUUAUGGACUAACAGAAGAAAUAACUAAAUUAGAUGCAGUUCCGUCUAGCUUUGUAAACUUCGAAAUAAUUUCUGGAAAUCCAUAUGGUUUUUCGCAAUAUAUUGUAAAUCUUCCAAAUACUCUAAACUUGCGAUCAUCUGGUUUUGUGAAGAGUGUCCGUAUUCAGUCAAAUCCUUAUGGUUUCUCUGAAAAUGUUAAGGAAUUAAUACAUUCUCCAGUUGCCUUUGAAACUUUCAAGUAUAUUAUAGCAAACCCAUAUGGUUACUCAGAUAAAAUUAUUCGUGAGACACGCUCCACCAAACAUUUGCCAUCCAGUUUCGUAACGGCUUCAGCAAUACUCACUAACCCAUACGGGUUCUCGAAUAGAGUUCAAUCUAUGUUAGAGGCUCCGACACCAUUCUCAGUCGUGAAUAAUGUCCUUAGUAAUCCAUAUGGUUUCUCAAGUUUCAUCAAAGAUACCACUUACCAGAAGACGAGAACUUCUGGCUUCCAGACCACUGAAGCUAUCUCUGGCAACCCAUAUGGUUUCUCUGACCAGGUAAAGAAACUAGAUGUAUCACCAGAAGCCUUUGCAGACGUUGAGACCAUUGCUGUCAACCCAUAUGGAUAUUCCGAAUACAUAGAAAGAGACUCACAGAAAACGAGGGAACUCUCUUCUAGCUUUCAGAGUGUCGACAGUAUCAAUACAAACCCUUAUGGAUUCUCCACAUAUAAAAAACUGAAAGAAGCACCAUCCACUUUUGAAGAGGUUCAGAUCAUUCCAGCAAACCCUUAUGGCUACUCCACAAAAAUUGAACGUUUGCCUUACUAUACUUUAACCCAUUUAUCUAGUUUUGGCGGCAUUGAUUCCAUUCCAUCAAAUCCAUAUGGGUUCUCAGAGCAUGUAGAACAACUUGAACCUGAACCAACGGCUUUCGUCCAGAGUAGUAACAUUCCUGUUAACCCUUACGGAUACUCCAGUAAGAUAGAGAAACAGUUCACAAAGCCCUUAGAUGGUAUUGUGAGCUCAUUUAACCAAAAAGUGGCGGAAACAGUUCGUUUCAAUCCCUAUGGCUUCUCCACACACGUGGUCAAACUACCAACGGGUGGUUCCAGCUUCGGCACCUCUGGGGAGAUUGACAGGAAUCCUUAUGGAUAUGCAUCAACGUUAAAAAAGAAAGACAUCACCUCAAGGACCCUCGAGACACCUUUCGGCAAGACUGAGUCCGUCUCCGCCGACCCAUAUGGCCUAGCGACGAAGGUGGAUGAGAUUGGGAACGUCACGACGGCCUUUGAACGCCUAGCUGUCGUUGCCCACAAUCCUUACAUCAUCACUGUUAUGAGGCCUAUGAACCCAUUCCCGUCAUCAUUUGCCCACAUCGACAAGAUAGGUUUAAAUCCCUAUGGCUACCCACAAAGGCUCAAACUCUUUUCUGCUUAAGGGACCUUGCAGUAGUCCAUGACUGCUCACAAGAUAGCAGUCAUGAACAGCUAGCAGAUAGUCCUUAAGCUACUAGCAGGUAGUCCUUGGUCUACUAGCAGAUAGCAGCAAGAGGACAAUUUAUGUUACUAGCGCCAAUAACAGCUGUAAAGGUUGCAGUUUCCAAAUUUGUAUUUUGCUCCUCCAAACGCAAGUAAUUACCAGAUAUGAAUCUUUAUAUCUCUUGUUAUAUUACUUCUUUCCAUUUUCAGUUAUUUCUUCAUUCAACUUCUAUGAGUGCACUCAAUUUCUUCUUUCUAUAGAUCCUCACUGAACGGUUCACCUUCUCAGGAAAAUUUGUGUCUAAAACUCAUGCUAUACCAGUACAAAUAGCUUCCAGUGACAUGUACUCAACCACCAGCUGCUUGCCCUAUGGAACCCCCAGCACAGGGUCCUCACUCGUGGCUAUACUGAUCAAAAUAAAUAAAAAUUGUAUUUUCUGAUAGUUUAUUUUCAUUUGUGCGUCAUUUUUCCGCCAAUGAAUUUUUGGUAAAUUAUAUUUGUGAACUCAAAAGUCUACCCAAAUUAAAAAUGAUUCGAGAACA